AUGUCACACGAAUUAAUUAUUGGUUGUGUUGGUAAACCAUCAGCAGGUAAAAGUUCGUUUUUAAAUGCAGCAACAGACUCACAAGCUAAAGUAGGAAAUUACCCAUUCACAACUAUCGAACCAAACUAUGGUGUAACUUAUUAUCCAACAGAAUGUCCAUGUAAGAAAUAUGAUAAAAUAGAUGCCUGUUCACCAAGAUAUGGCCGUUGUGAUAAAGGUACAAGAUAUAUACCUGUUAAAAUGUUGGAUGUAGCAGGUUUAGUACCAGGUGCCUCAGAAGGAAAAGGUUUAGGAAAUCAAUUUUUAGAUGAUCUUCGUCAUGCACACGUUUUACUUCAUGUUGUUGAUGUUAGUGGUAAUACAAAUGAAAAAGGUGAAGAAACUACAGGUUACGAUCCAAUUAACGAUAUUCAGUGGUUAAAAGAUGAAAUCCAUGCAUGGAUCUUUAAUAAUCUUUGGAAGAGAUGGGGUAAUAUAAUAAGAAAGCAGCAAUCAACUAAAAGUCAAGCCGAUCAAAUGCUUCAAAAGAAACUUUCAGGUUAUGGUACAAAAAUAGUGUUGGUUAAAAGAGCAUUAGAUAACAUUGAUCAAAGAGAACCUAUUAAUCUUUCAUUAUGGGAUAAAGACAUGUUACAUAAAUUUGUAGACUCAUUUUUAGAUAUUCGUUUCCCAACUGUUUUAGUAUUAAAUAAAGUAGAUCAAUCAACAUCAGAUUUGAACAUCUCAAGAAUAUGUGAACGUUACCCAGACUAUGCAAUGAUACCUAGCAGCGCUUUAGCAGAAUGUUUCUUAAGAAAAAUGAAAUCACAAAACUAUAUCGAAUAUGUCGAAGGCGAAGAUAACUUUAAUACACAUUUAGAAAACGAUAAAUUAAAACAAUGCGAUGAUAAGCUUCAAGCAAGAUUAGAAAAACUUAGAGAUUUGGUUUUAUUUAGAUAUGGUGGCACAGGUAUUCAAUUAGCCGUUAAAACUGCUGUAGAAUUAAAGAAGUUUAUACCCGUUUAUCCAGUUAAAAAUUUAAAGAGUUUAGCAUGCGACAAAAGCGGUGGUUCUGUAUUAAGAGAUUGUAUGUUGGUUCCAAAAGGAACUGAAGUACGUGAAUUUGCUGGUAUGCUCCAUCCAGAUUUAGAAAAAUACUAUUUAUAUGCAGAAGGUAUCAAUGGUCAACGUUUAGGGGAAAGUGAUGAAAUAUCCGAAUCAAAUAAUAUUAUUAAAUAUACUACUGCCGCUCUAGAAAGUAAAGAAAAAGAAAAUGAUGAAAAAUAA